AAACAUGCACGACGCCAUUUUCAAUGCACAAUACUCAAGUACACUCACUGUUUAAUGUAGUGUGUUAAUUCUAUAUGAUGUUCAGGAAGCACUGAGGAUAUUUACAAAAAGUUAAAAUUGUAUUUAUUGAUACAAAAUCUCAAAUCGAAUAUACAACUUCGAUUUUAAAAAAAUGUGUAUACUAAUGAAUGUAUUUUCUCUUCUGAUUCCACCUCUCUGACUACUAGUGCCAUCUACUAUACACUGAGCAUGACGUAACUGCUGAACACCUCCUCGGUAGUCUAAGAUGGCGGGGAGUAACUUUACGAUGUGAUGGAUGUGCGCGCGUGAUAAAUCCGUUCUCGAUUGAAUCUGACAUGGGGUGAAUACGUGAAAACGUGCGAAGUGUCUACGUAUCCUUGUAUAUACAUGUUUUAAUAUAUUUAUUGAACUAUUUGUUUUUAUCACAAUGGCGACUGAUAAAAUUAAAGUGGCUGUUCGGGUGCGACCCUUCAAUAGAAGAGAAUUGGAAUUGGGAACACAAUGUGUGGUGCAGAUGGAAGGACAACAGACUAUUCUUCAUCAUCUCGAAAGGAAGCAGCCCAAGGCGUUCGCCUUCGACCACUGCUUCUACUCGCUGGAGCGGGAGGCCGCGCACUACGCCAGCCAGGAGGCCGUCUUCGACUGCCUCGGCCGCGACAUCCUGGACAACGCCUUCCAGGGCUACAACGCCUGCAUCUUCGCCUACGGCCAGACAGGUUCUGGCAAAUCGUAUACCAUGAUGGGAAGUCAAGAUAGUAAAGGUAUUAUUCCCCGCCUCUGUGAUUCACUGUUUGACACUAUAGCGAAACAACAAAGCUCGGAACUUACGUACAAAGUAGAAGUAAGUUAUAUGGAAAUUUAUAAUGAAAAGGUUCAUGAUCUUCUGGACCCUAAAGCCAAUAAGCAAUCCUUGAAAGUUAGAGAACACAAUGUUCUAGGUCCAUAUGUUGAUGGUCUUUCUCAAUUGGCAGUCACAUCAUUUCAGGACAUUGAUAACUUAAUGGCGGAAGGAAAUAAGUCACGCACUGUUGCUGCUACAAACAUGAACAGUGAGAGCUCUCGAUCUCAUGCAGUUUUCUCAGUUGUAUUGACACAGACUUUAACUGACACGAAAAGCGGUGUAUCUGGUGAAAAAGUGAGUCGGAUGUCCUUAGUGGAUUUGGCUGGUAGUGAACGUGCUGUGAAGACUGGUGCUGUAGGAGACAGACUGAAAGAAGGUUCCAAUAUCAAUAAAUCCUUAACAACACUUGGCUUAGUUAUUUCAAAGCUCGCUGACCAAGCUUCUGGAGCUAAGAACAAGGACAAAUUUGUACCGUACCGAGACUCAGUCUUGACAUGGCUGCUGAAGGAUAACCUUGGAGGCAACAGUAAAACUGUGAUGGUAGCCACUAUUUCACCUGCUGCUGACAAUUAUGAGGAAACACUGUCUACGUUGCGAUAUGCAGACCGGGCCAAGCGUAUUGUUAACCAUGCUGUUGUCAAUGAAGAUCCUAAUGCAAGAAUAAUUCGAGAAUUGCGUCAAGAAGUAGAAGCUUUGAAAGAAAUGCUGAAGCAUGCUACUGGAUCUGAUGUCUACAAGGAGCAACGUGUUGACCUUCAUGAAAAACUCAGUGAAAGUGAAAAACUGAUGAAGGAAAUGUCUCAAACAUGGGAAGAAAAACUCCUGAAAACAGAACGUCUUCAGCAUGAACGACAACAAGCUCUUGAAAAAAUGGGUAUUAGUGUACAAGCUUCUGGUAUCAAGGUAGAAAAGAAUAAAUAUUACCUUGUUAAUCUCAAUGCAGAUCCAUCUCUUAAUGAAUUACUAGUCUACUAUCUUAAGGAUAGAACGUUAGUUGGUGGCCGUGGUGCCCCUAUGGAACAGGAUAUUCAGCUCUCUGGUUUGGGUAUCCAACCUGAACAUUGUAUUAUCACUAUAGAAGAUGGAGGCCUUCUCAUGGAGCCAGUUAAUGGUGCUCGAUCAUAUGUAAAUGGCAAUGCUGUUACUGAACGAACUCCAUUACACCAUGGUGAUCGAAUCUUGUGGGGCAAUCAUCACUUUUUUAGAGUCAAUUGUCCCAAAUCUUCAGCCAUGUCAGAGCCACAAACUCCAGCCCAGACAAUAGAUUACAACUUUGCACGUGAGGAGCUUAUGUUGAACGAAUUGAGCAAUGAUCCUAUUCAAACAGCAAUUGCACGUUUAGAGAAACAGCAUGAAGAAGAUAAGCAAGUGGCAUUGGAGAAACAGAGGCAGGAAUAUGAACGUCAGUUCCAGCAACUGAGAAAUAUUUUAUCUCCUUCCACUCCCUAUUCACCAUAUGUGCCAUAUGACCCCUUCAGAGUUGGGAAGAUCACUCCUUGCACACCAACAACCCAAAUGAGAGUUGAACGGUGGGCCCAAGAAAGGGAUGAAAUGUUUAAGCGAAGUUUGGGGCAGCUCAAAGCAGAUAUUUUACGAGCAAAUGCAUCAGUUAAAGAAGCAAAUUUCCUUGCAGAGGAAAUGAGUCGCCAAACUACUUUUAGUGUAACUCUUCAGAUCCCACCAGCAAAUUUAAGUCCAAAUCGUAAGAAAGGAGCAUUUGUCAGUGAACCUGCCAUUUUAGUGAAACGCAAGGGGUUGGGAAGUCAAGUUUGGUCUAUGGAAAAAUUAGAAAAUAAAUUGAUUGAUAUGAGAGAUUUAUAUGAAGAGAAAAAGGAGAAAAAUGUACCAAUGAAGGAGGAUGUUCCAGCAAAAGGUCAAGAUCCUUUUUAUGAAUCACAGGAGAAUCACAAUCUUAUUGGGGUAGCAAAUAUUUUCUUAGAAGUUCUGUUUCAUGAAGUCAAGUUAGAUUAUCACACUCCAAUAAUAAGUCAGCAAGGAGAAGUUGCUGGAAGAUUACAGGUUGAGCUGAGUCGUGUCAGUGGAACAUUUCCUCAGGACAGAACAGCUGAAGCUGCAUCAGAAAGUUCUGGUGAUUCUGGUCAGGAUGAAGAAGAUCUCCCCAAUGGCUCUGGUCAAAUUAUUUGCAGAGUGACAAUCAAGCAAGCAUCUGGCUUACCUUUGUCAUUGUCUAAUUUUGUUUUCUGCCAAUAUUCUUUCUGGAAUCAUCCUGACAGUAUUGUUGUUCCUCCUGUUGUGGACACUGAGUAUCCAGCUCCUUGUGCAACAGGGCGUGAUUCUAUGACCUUUAAAUUUGAUCAUAGCAAAGACUUCUCUAUUCCUAUCACAGAAGAGUUCAUGGAACAUUGCUCAGAGGGAGCCUUGUCCAUUGAGGUGUGGGGACACAGAUGUGCUGGCUUCUCAAGAUCGAAGGAAGGCUGGGAAGUGGAGCAGCAGCAGCUGGCAAAGGCUCGAUCGCUUGCGGACAGAUGGAGUGAACUUACUCGUAAAAUUGAAUUGUGGGUUGAAAUUCAAGAGUUAAAUGACGCUGGUGAGUAUACAGCAGUUGAAGUUACUGCAAAGCCUGACCUGCUCACUGGAGGUCUAUAUCAGCUUCGACAAGGCCAGCAAAGACGAAUACAAGCCCGAGUGAAACCUGUUCAGAAUUCUGGCACAUUACCAAUAAUCUGUCAAUCUAUAGUGAGCAUUGCUGUUGGCAGUGUGUCUGUGAGGAAUAGACUCCAGAAGCCUCUUGACUCUUAUCAAGAAGAAGAUCUGGCAGUAUUGCGAGAGAAAUGGAGUGAUGCCCUGAUGAGGCGGCGGCAAUAUUUGGAUCAACAGAUUCAGAAGCUCAUUCACAAGCAAGACAAGACAGAACAAGAUGUGGAACGAGAACAAAGCCUUGUGGAUCAGUGGGUGAGUCUCACUGAGGAACGGAAUGCUGUGUUGGUGCCUUCUGCUGGCUCUGGUAUUCCUGGGGCUCCAGCUGACUGGGAUCCGCCUCCAGGAAUGGAACCUCAUGUGCCCGUGCUGUUCCUAGAUUUAAAUGCGGAUGAUUUAUCAACCACUCAGUCAGGGGAUGAAGUCACUAUCACUGGUCUUAAUUCAAUUCUUCCCAAAGAACAUGGCAAUAAAUUUUACAACCUUCCUAUAAUUAAACAUGAGGAAAAGGACGUUUGUGCUGUAGCAGCCUGGGAUUCAUCAAUUCAUGACAGUCAUCAUUUGAACAAAGUCACAGAUGCAAAUGAACGGGUUUAUCUUAUUUUGAAAACUACUGUUCGAUUAUCUCAUCCUGCAACAAUGGACUUAGUGCUGCGUAAGAGACUGGCUUUGAAUAUAUAUAAAAGACAAAGUAUUACUGAUAGAAUCAGAAAAAAAAUAGUUCGAUCUGAUUGGUUGACGCAGUCUGGUGUAACAUAUGAAGUUGUAUCAAAUAUUCCUAAGGCAAGUGAGGAGCUGGAAGAUCGGGAAUCUCUUGCUCAAAUUGCUGCAUCUGGAGAAGACACUUCUCUUAGUGAUGGAGAAACUUAUAUAGAAAAGUACACCAGAGGAGUCAGUGCAGUGGAGAGCAUCCUGACAUUGGAUCGUCUGCGCCAAAGUGUUGCUGUUAAGGAACUGCUGCAGGCUCAAGGCCAAAAACCAAUGCGCAAGACUGCCAGUAUCAUGCGUUUUGAUAACAGCACCGACUCGGGUGUUAGUGGAGUUUGCCGUUCUGAGAGUGUCACUGAUCUGAACAUGGAGCAAAGCUCCACUCCACUGCGUGAAUCUCGACGUCCUGGUUAUGGCUCACAAGCUGUAUCAUAUACAAACUUGACAAGUGAAGAUUCAAUGUCUAUCCGAAGCAUAAGUGUAGAUGAAACUCCUGAUGUAGAAAAUCGUCCAGCUCUUGUUAUGGAUCUCCAUCCUGUGACAGAAGUGCCAAAUACUUCAGGAGUAGAGCAAAGUGACAAUAUCAAACAGUUACAUAAUGCAGGUGUCAGAUCUGGAUUAGUAUCUUUAAACAAAAGUAAUGUUUUACCUCCAAGGGAAGUCCUGAAAUUGGAACGCAAAUCUGCUGUUGAGAUAAAUACUGAAAGGUUAGCUCAUUCUCACCAAGCAGAAGUAUUAUCAGGAAAUGCAAGAAUUCCUCCAGUCACAACUGGUGAUAGGAGUUCCUUGUGCUUGGAUUUGAAAAAUAGCCAUAAUGGACAUCAAAUUCUGGGGACGAGUCCCCUAGUGAAGGAACAUCUGUGGUGCACACACGCUUACCACCUGGGAAGGUUGUUCGACGUCGAAAAGCAACAAAAUCACCUUUGGUAACUCAACAGAGAGCUUCCUUCCCAAUGGCUAGGCCUCAGGUGUCUGAAAGCAAAGCAGCUCUCAAACUGGAACAGCGACUGCAAAAUGUAUCGCUGGCACAGAAUGGAGUUAUCAGCCCUGACAGCACAUCUAGUGAACGGGUAGUAAACGAUGAAGAAACUGAAAGCAGUAGUACGUUUGGAUCUAGGCGAGACCUGAAUCGGCUGACUGACGUCCCUCCUCCAGAAUGGGUUGUAACUGGUGAGAGUGUUUUGAUUCGGCCAUACAAUUCAUCAGGUGUCAUUGCAUAUGUAGGUCCUACUGAAUUUGCCUCUGGCACAUGGGUCGGAGUUGAGUUGGAUGCUCCAACAGGCAAGAAUGAUGGUACUGUUCAAGGAGUGCAAUAUUUCAGCUGUCGGCCUAAAUGUGGCAUAUUUGUCCGAGCAGACAAGUUGAUACAAGACAGGCGAGGUCGUGCUAUGAGAACAGGGAGUCGUUCAUCAGAUGCAAAUUCCACGGGCACUAUGAAGAGAAGUGGCAGUAGAGGUGAGGGACUGUCUACAUUACAUCGUUCCCGCAGCCGAGGUGAGGGCCUGAGCACUGUUGGAGCCCGUUCUACUCCUCGCAGCAAGUAGAACAGCCUGCUUGAGGAAGCAUCAAGGCCCUGCGCACAGCCCCUGUCCUGGGAGAAGCCUCCCGCCUCCCAAGUGGGCUGAGUCCCACCCAUCCCGUCCCAAGCCGCCCCCUCCGUGCGCGGACAGCACAGGUUCAGCACUUCAUUGCUGCUCGUUGAGUACGUUUAGUUCCAUGUGACUACCUUCUGAUAGGUUGGUUGUUAUUUUUAAUGAAAAUAUGUAUUUCUUCUUUAAAGAAGAAUACUAUUAUGUGUAUAAAUAUGGUAAAAUGAACAUGUUUCAGGUCAAAUCUUCUGUGAUGAUUUCUUAAUUUAUUUGAGUACCUUUAAUUUUUGUAAUAUUUUAAGUAGGGUAAUUAUUUUUUUGUUUGUUUUUUGUUAAGAGAUAUUUUCCCUCUUGAUUAUGGCUGAAGGCUGAUCAUGCAUAUGUCUGGCAUUGCCUGUGUACACUUUCAAAUUCUUCAUGGCUGGUAUCUCCCUGAUCCCCAGACAAUGCAAUUACCUGUAAUGUAGCAGAUAGUUUUCAUUUCUGCUCAAGCCGGAAGAAACCGGGGUGGAACAUCCUCUAUUUGCUGUUUGCAACAUUUUUCCCUCCAUUUGUAAACGAGAUGUGCAGCUUGAAAGGAAAUAAUUGUUGAUUUAUGUUUUGCCUGUUGUUGACAUUUUAUAUUGUGUUAAGUUGAAUAAGAUGACACAGAUGCAGUGAGAAUUUGUUUUACUUGUGUGUGGAGAAUGGCAAUGUAGGUAGGUGCAAGGACAAUUUACAACAUUACUUUUUUUUUAUACCAGCAUUCCUCACGAAACAUACAUUGAGUUUCCUCCAGUAUUAACUGUGAAAGUAACUACAUGUACAUUGUAAGGCAUUCUCUUGGAAUGUCAUUUACCCAUAGUAUAAUGACAAAAAAGAAAACUGUUGUGUGGUCUUUAUUUUAUUUUGCAAUCAUACAUAAAUCAAAAACCAAUAUUUUCAAAUAGCAAUAUAGGAGAUAUCUUUGAAGUGGUGUGCAUUUUAAAUAAGUGAACUGUGUGACUGAUAAGAUUUUCAUCUAUUUGUGCAGUUUCUGAGCACUUAAAAUGAAUUAAGUCAUUUUGUAAUAAAUAAUAGUGUAAAAAUAUUCAUUUUCUGUGCACAGGAUUGUGAUAAGACUUUUCUGAAGAGCGGUUCUGUGGGGAUUGUAGAAGGCUCAUUUUCUUAGCAUGAAAUUGUAUAAUAAGGUUAUAAGCAUCGAAAGUAGGUGUGAGCAAGAGAUAUUCUUUUCAGAGGGCUUAAAGAAUAAAGUAUACAGAAACGUGAUUUUCACCUGUGCAAUAUUGAAAUUCUGAUACAUAAUUAAUCAUAUUGUAAUCUAAUCAAGAUAUUAUAACCUUUAGAAUAUUGUUUCUUCCUUCACUCUGUUACCAUUUUAUCUAUUAUACAUUAACUUGAACGACAUAAGAUAUUGCAUGAACCAAAAGAAAAUAUUGUUUUCCUCCAGUACACAUAAGUUGAAAUUUAUUAUUAUCUAUUGUAUAAACAUUCAUACCUCACUUAAAACUUCUUUGUAAACAUUUAUGAUAUUUGAAUGACGUUAAUAAUUGUAGUAGAGAAAGUUAAACUAUUGUUUUGUAUGCAUGAAUUUUAUGAAAUGUAUUGAUGCUUAUAGCCUUGUGAUAUUGGGAUCCGUGUUGGAUUGAAUGAUUGAGAAAGUUGAAGGAGAGAGAUACUAAAGAACCAUCUGUAGUGUUAAAUUCCAUAUCCUAGGCUGAUUAUCAAAAAGUUUUACUUUUCUAAUAAUGACACAAGCGUAGAAUGCAGACAUUUAUACCCAUUUUGUGAAAUUUCCAAAACACUGAGUGUUCCUAGAUUGCUUUCUUAAAUAUGUCAGAUAAUGCAGCACACAAAUCUCAUACCAAAAUAUCUUAAUAGAGCUAUAUGUUAGAUUUCAGAAAAUUUCCUCCCUUUUCUGUUUUGCGCAUUUCCAUUUUGACUUUGGCCAAUUUGCCUCUGUGUACUGGUAAAUCUCCUGACUGUAUCUUUGAAUAGUCCACAGCAACUGAAAACCAGAACUCACAUCCUUAGCUAACAAGUACUAAUUGAUUGAUAUUUUACAAUUAGAUGAAUCAAUUUUUUUUUAUUAUCAUUCAGAAGUUCUUCUGUUUUCCCUCUAUCAUUAACACAUUUUUAUGUAAGAUUUUCAUUUGAAUGGUAGUUAAUAAUAACAGUUUAGUAUAUUUACAAACCUACAUACUUGUUUAUGAAUAUGAGAAAGCUUACCUACUUCAUCAGAUGCUUUACAAUGGACAAUUGAGGAGGCAUGCAAGAAAGACAGUGGGGUUUUUCAUCAACUGGCCUUGUAGAAAGAUUGUACUUAAAUAAAUAUCCUUUUUGAAGAGUUACUGUUUUAAUUCAGAGAAUGACUGUAUAGUAAUAUUUUAUGAAGCAUUUGAGAAAAAUGUCUUGAAUAAAAUAGUUCUAUCAAACUAUUAUCAUGCCUUUAUUUAAUUUUUUUAGGCUAAUUAAGAGAGUUCUAGUAACAGCAUAUGGUCUUGUGAUUUCACUGAUUUGUUAUGAAAUAUUUUUAAAGUGUAUAUGAGUAUUACAUUGAGUUAGAAAUUUACGUUCCUGGAUAUGUAAGAACAGGCUCUUUGGAUGUCCUCUCCUCAAGCUUUCUCUAUGUGAUCAAUAAAAGUAAAUUUUGGAAACAGUUGUUGAAAAACAAUGUUUUGUCCAAUUGUAAAACUGUCCAAAAUAAUCAUAACUCUUAGAAUUUAAAAGAAAUGGUGCAAAAAUGUAUAUGCAUAUGUGUAUGUGUUUGUAUGUGUACAUACUGAGUUCAGUUUAAAUGUAUGAAUGCAUACAUACACAUGCAUGUAUGAAAUCUCUGUAUUGAUAACAAUAAUAUUUCACCAGAAUCCAUCCUAGAAAUUUUGUCCAUUUAAGUCGUACCGUUCCACUUUUAGAAAAGGUUGCCAAAUUAUUUGAAUGUUUAAACUACUAUACAACCAAUUCCAUUACUAUUUAAUAGAGGGGAAGAUUUUUUUGAAAACUUCUCAAAAGAAUAUAUUUGCCAUAUUAAGUAGAAGGUAGAAGAAAACUCAAGUGGAGCAUCUGCAGCAGUAAGGAGUCAAUGAUUCUAUGUGUUGAAUGUUAUUUAGGAUUUGAGUUUCAUAAAAUUCCUGAAAAAAAAAUACCUCUUAGAAAUAUGGUGUUAAUUUGCACCAGUGUUCUGUAAUGUAGAUGUGGCAUGUUUUCAAAAAGAAAUGAAUUGAGGUAAAGCAAAAUUGUUAUGAAUUUUUAUUUCAGUUUUACUCUCUGUUAUGUAUUAAUUUCACACUUGCUAUGUAAAAUUGUAGACAUAGAAGAAGUUGUUUAAGUUGUAAAUAUUUGUCUCCCAUUUUUGUGUAAUUGUUAUCUUAGACUAGGUGGAUGUGGCUAUCUAGAAAGAUAAUCAAAUGUCCUGAAUAUGACUCCUUCCCCGUUUGUUUGUAGGCAAGUUUUCUUAGUUUAUAAUCUAUUAAAUUUAUGAAAAAACUAAAUAUUAAAAUUCCUUUAUUCAGUUUAGUGAUAUUUAUGCAUUUGCUCAGAUGUUACUACUUAAUGGAAAAUCCUAUGCAUAUUUUAUUUUGUUUAUUUUGAUGUUGAGUUUGUGGUUAUGUUUUAAACUGAUUAGUGGAUCAUUUGGAUGUAGCUCAGGUUUGUAAAGUAAUUUUGUGUCUUACAAUUUUAAUGUUAUUUGUUGGAAUGCACAUGUAAUCAUUUGAAAAUGUAUAUCCUUUGAGAUGUGCACAUCUAGCUGUUAUGGCUUAUGUGCAUGGAGAUUGAUAAUUUAUUAUUUUAAUAGAUGCAGUUUUGUUUUCCCCACCAGAUGGAUUAUUUUCAUCCUAUCAGAAAGAAGUGGCAAAACAUAACAUACUAAAGAUAAUGUAAUUGAAAAUGAAUUAAAAACAAGGCACAAAAUUCAUUAAUUUACAAACCUUUUCUUAUAAGUACAUGACCACAGAAUGAUUUUAUAUUUCUGGCAUGCUGUGCAUAAGUUGACAUUGUAAGUAUGUUGAAUUAUUGAUGUAUAAAAUGUAUAAUAAUUUUAUGGUUUUUAAUUUCAUUGCAAUUAUGGUAUUUACAAAUAUUGGAUUAUUUGUGCAUUCUUCUAUACAUAUUGUACUUAACUUCAUUUCUUGUACAUAUAUGAUUCAGUAUUAUACCUACUAACUAGCCAAAAAAUGAGACACAGAUGAUUGUGCGUAAUGACUAAAAGCUAGAUAGCCUUGGGGACAAUUUUUCACUGAAUUUUUAAAAGUAUCAGAGUUUCUGUUGCUGAGGAUGCUGUAGCUUCAGAGGAAUGAUGGUGUUGCAUAGAGGAGUCACCUAAACUAGAUAGCUUAAACCUUGAUUUAGUAUAUUGAGAAUCUUAAUAAGGGAGAAAACAUACUACUCAUUAUAAAUACAAACAUAUUUAACCAUUUCAUGCCAUGUGGUUUUUUUAAUAGUUGGUAGGACAUGUGUCUCUUCAUUCCAAAUGUACAUUUUUUGAAUGUCAAUAUGUUAUAUAAAUACAUGUUCCAAAAACAUUUCGUUUGAUUUCUUCCUCAACUUGCUUUUAAACUAUGUUUUAAUACAGAUUAAUUUAAUUAGUAUUCUGGAG